AUGCGAAAGCUUACAGAAAGGUAUAUUCCAGGAGCACCGAAGUCUCAACUACAACUCUUGGUAUUGGAGUUACUUGCGGUCAAGAAAGGAGAAUUCAUCGACGAAGUUGCGCGGCUUGAAGCGGUGCGCGAACAGCAAAAUACAACGCACUCUCCAACUCUUGAGGAUGUUGACGGUCACAAUCCAGGCGAUAAGUCUCCUCCAGCGGAUCGGACGAUCGACAUAACCGAUGAUAGGACAGAGCCUCCUCUAACCGACAAUCUUGAAUCUGAUCAGGACCGGGAUUCAGAACCGGCCAUUACAGAAGGGAAGGUCACAACUAUCAUCAACGAAUUUGCCAACACUAUGGUUCGACCGUGGAAGAAGAAAAUUAAGAAAGUCGUGAUUCAAACAAUCAAGUUGGCUGAAACAACAAGGGAUGAUCUUGUGAAGGCAAACGAGCGGAUCACAUCGGUCGAAACCAACUACGGUGAAGCCGAUGUUCGGUACGGUGAUCAUCUCAAGCGAACUAUAGCCUUGGAGGAAAUGACUCCAAAGUUGGCGGAUGACCUCAAGUCGGUCAACCAAAGGGUAGUGGAGUUGGAACGAUCUCAAGAAAAGACCGAGAAACAACUGACAAAGGUCGAUGAGGACCUGGGGCGGUCAAGCGCCCAAAACGGUUCAACACUCGACAGGGUCGAAAGCCUUGAAAAGAAGAAUGCAAGUCUUGAGGAGCGAAACGACAAACUUGAAGCCGACCUCAAGGCGGUCACCGAACAGGUGAAUGAACUGAUAAAUGCCAAGAUUGCUGCCGAUAAAGCGGUUGAGGAGGCAAACGCUCAUGCGGCUAAGAAACUCCAGGAUGCGCUGGAUGAGCAGAACCGAACACAGAAGGAGGCACCACGGUCUAAUGCGAAGUUCAACGAACGCUUACGGAUAUUAACGACCAAAAAUCCGGAACUCGCAAAAUCCAUAGCAGCUCGAGAAGCCAAGGAGGCAAAGCGGUUCAACCUGAGAAACAAAUGUUCUACGAAUAUGCAAAAGCUCACAAGAAGACCCAGACGGCUCCCUCCUCUUCGGCUCCGGCAACACGAAAACGGAAAGUUCCUUCGAAGAAGGCUCAAGUCGCCGAGAUGCUGGAAAGAAUUACCGAGACAGUUGUUGACCCUCCACCAAACCCGGCCUUGCAAACCGAGGAUGACUUCGAAGAGGAUCUCGAGCCGCAACCCACAAGACAGCGAGUCUUCGAUGCAAUUCCAGUCAGAACGGUCGGUCAACCGUUCCCUCCUCACCCGGACACCUCAGGAUCUGGAGGUUCCUCUUCAAGGUCGGCUCAAUCGGCUAAGGGACAACCAACAGAUGACCUGA